AUGCCUGAUGAACCGGCCAUCUCCAAGCCCACCGAGGCUGGGAGAGCUAACACUGGAGAUGUAAAGACACCAAAAACAUCAACGCCAGUAACAAGACCUCAUCGGCAUGUUGUCUCUGCACAGGUUUACGACGUCCUCACCUUGCUCUUCGUCUUUCGCUUCAUCAAUGCGCUUAUUCUCCGCACCUUCUUUCAGCCAGACGAGUACUUCCAGGCUCUCGAACCAGCAUGGAGCAUGGCCUUUGGAGACCAGAGCGGGGCCUGGUUGACCUGGGAAUGGCAACAUCAGCUUCGCUCCUCUCUCCAUCCGGCCAUUUUUGGUCUGGCAUACAAGGCUGCCCACUGGAUCCUGUCCGCGCUCUUUCCUCCUGCUUUCGAGAUGUUUGUUCUCGAAGCCUUGCCCAAGCUUGUUCAGUCUGUCUUUGCCGCCUUGUGUGACUUUUAUACUUGGCAACUGGCCACCUCCAUCUUUGGCGAUGAGAGCAAUGUCCCAUGGACUGCUCUGUGGAUGACAGUUCUCAACCCAUGGCAAUGGUAUUGCUCCACAAGGACUUUCUCGAACUCCUUGGAGACUACUCUGACCAUUGCCGCCCUCUACUACUGGCCCUGGGAUCUUGUUCAGGAUGCCAAAUCCAACAAACAGGAGCCUCUACAGGUCAAGGACAACCUGGGCAGCCUCCGAGUCUCACUCAUUCUUGCUGCCGUUGCCGUCUUGCUACGCCCAACCAAUUUGCUCAUCUGGCUCGGAGUCCUCACCCUCACCGUCACACGGUUGACACUUGAUGGAGAGUCUCCUAUCAACAGAUCGACAUUGCUUGUUCUAGUCAAGGAGAUCAUCGUCUGUGGUAGUGCAGUCCUUGCCGUAUCACUAAUCUCGGACCGCCUUUACUUUGGCUAUUGGACCUUCCCGCCCUACAAAUGGCUGUACUUCAACAUCUCUCAGUCCCUCGCCGUCUUCUACGGCCACAUGCCAUGGCACUACUACCUUUCUCAGGGUAUCCCUCUACUCACAACCACCUUCCUCCCCUUUGCGCUCGUUGGUUUAUACAAGGCAACAUCAUCUUCCCAAACCCUUACCGUCCUCCAGUCUAACAUCCUCAAGACGCUUUCCUUUGCCGUUUUGUCCAUGGUCGGGACUCUUUCCAUCAUCUCCCACAAGGAAGUCCGCUUCAUCUACCCUCUUCUCCCCAUCCUUCACAUCCUAGCCGCUCCCUAUGUCUUCAAAUUCUUCACCAUCCCAGCAACAUCAGCAACAGCAGCAACCACAACUCAAACCAAAGGCAACGCCGCCGCUCCCUCUUCACCAACGACGACAGGCCCCGUAACCCUCCGCCACAAAAUCUCCCUCGCCAACCUCCUCUCCCUCAACCUCCUCCUCGCCAUCUACCUCUCCCUCUUCCAUCAACCCGCCGCGCUCUCCGUCAUAACCUUUCUCCGCACCGAGUUCGAGCGCAUCCACCCGGACUCGCUCUCCCUCGACUCUUCUUUGUUACAAAAACAAGAACUCUUUGCCCUCUUCCUCACCCCCUGCCACUCCACCCCCUGGCGCUCGCACCUCGCCUACCCGGCCCUGCGCGCCAGGGCUUUGACUUGCGAGCCGCCGCUGCAUACGCAGCCCGGGAGUGAGGAGAGGAGGGAUUACAUGGAUGAGGCUGAUCGGUUUUAUAAGAAGUCUGAAGAAGAGGAUGGGUUGUAUGGUGUGGAGUUCUUGAGGGAGGAGAUGUGGGGUGGUGAUGGUCUCACUAGUGGCGGUGGUGCACAGGGGGAGGAGAUUCCGAGGUAUAUCGUCGGGUUUGAAGGGAUUGAGGAGUCGCUGAAGAAGUUCUUUGAGGAAGACAAAAAGGGGAAGGAGAUGGGGGUUGAACUGAACAAGGUGUGGGAGGGGUGGAAUGGUGCAUUUAAUGAGGAUUGGAGGAGGAGGGGGAAGUUGGUCGUUUGGGAUACGGGGGUUUAUGAUGAGGUUGUUGCAGAACAAAAGAGGAGUGUGUUUUGAGUAGGUCUGGCGGCUAGGUUUUGGAGAGAGCAAGAUGGCUGUGUGAGAAGUGCUCUAAAUAGGACGAAAACUGGUAAUACUAUGCGCCGAGGAUAGGCCUGGCGCAAAAGAAUAAGAAGAAAUGUAAUAUAGCAGCGAAUAGAAAGCAGCAAAAUCCAAACAAAUAUGUACAGC